GAAUACUGUUCAAUAAAUUAAAUUCUACUAUAAUCUCUUCCUGUGCUUAGAGUUCGACAAACCCAAGAUUCUCUCUAAUGGAUAGUAUCCAUAGGAACGGGGACGAGGUCCAUCAACCUUUGUUAACAGAAUCAAGACCAGAGGAUGAAUCAAAAGAAGAAGUGGUCAUCAAAGAUCUGGUACUAAAAAAGGACUUUACUACGAGACUUUGGAUUGAAACACAGAAGCUAUGGAUCAUAGUGGGACCCUCCAUCAUCAGCCGCGUUGCAGCCUACUCCAUGAACAUUAUCACCCAAGCCUUUGCAGGCCACCUUGGUGAUGUUGAGCUCGCUGCCAUUUCCAUAGCCAACACUGUCAUAGUUGGCUUUAAUUUUGGCCUCUUGCUAGGAAUGGCAAGUGCUUUAGAAACGCUUUGCGGUCAAGCUUUUGGUGCCAAGCAAUAUCACAUGUUAGGGGUAUACAUGCAAAGAUCAUGGAUUGUUCUAUUUCUCUGCUGUUUCUUGCUAUUGCCCUUCUACGUAUUCGCCACCCCGCUUCUGAAGCUUCUAGGACAGCCAGACGACGUGGCGGAGAUGUCAGGAAUUGUGGCAGCUUGGAUGAUCCCUUUGCACUUUAGCUUCGCGUUUCAGUUCCCAUUGCAAAGGUUCUUGCAAAGCCAGCUCAAGACUAGCGUGUUAGCCUACGUCUCUUUUGUUGCCUUGGGGGUCAAUGUGUUGACGAGUUGGCUAUUCGUAAACGUCUUGGAUUGGGGUGUUAUCGGUGCCUCUGUGGCGCUGGACAUUUCGUGGUGGGUCGGGGUUUUGGGGCUUUACGGAUACACUGUCCUUGGAGGCUGCCCUUUGUCAUGGACAGGUUUCUCUAUACAAGCAUUUAAUGGCCUCUGGGAGUUCCUUAAACUCUCUGCUGCUUCUGGAGUCAUGCUAUGCUUGGAGAAUUGGUACUAUAGGAUACUGAUAUUGAUGACUGGGUACCUGCAAAAUGCCACCUUGGCUGUGGAUGCCUUGUCUGUCUGCAUGAGUAUCAAUGGGUGGGAGAUGAUGAUUCCAAUGGCGUUCUUGGCUGCUACAGGAGUAAGGGUGGCUAAUGAGCUUGGAGCAGGCAAUGGCCAAGGAGCCAAAUUUGCAACAAAGGUUUCCGUGGUGCAAUCGACAAUCAUUGGUCUUUUCUUCUGCGUACUUAUCUUCAUCUUUCGUGACAAGGUGGCAUUGAUAUUCACUUCGAGUUCUGAUGUCCUCAAAGAGGUUGAUAAGCUUUCAUACCUCUUAGGCGUCACGAUUCUCCUCAAUAGUGUUCAACCUGUUUUAUCAGGAGUGGCAGUUGGAUCCGGAUGGCAAGCAACUGUAGCGUACGUAAACCUUGGUUGCUAUUAUAUUAUUGGACUCCCACUUGGAUUUUUGAUGGGAUGGGUUUUCCACUUGGGUGUUAGGGGCAUUUGGGGUGGGAUGAUCUUUGGGGGAACUGCUGUUCAGACAGUGAUUUUGGCCAUAUUAACAAUGCGAAGCGACUGGGAAAAGGAGGCUGAAACAGCCAAGCAGAGAGUACAGAGGUGGGGGGAAUGAUCAAUCGGAGGACAAACAUUGAAGGGAACUAGUCCCCCUCAUGGUAGAUGAAAUCUUGCAAAGUUAUUAGUGCCCUCCGAAUUUGGGAGCUUUUAAUUAUUUAUGCGAAAUUUUGUUACAUCACACUCCAAGAAAUAUAUAUCUUCCAUAUCAUUGAUCAUUGUUUUCUUGAAUGAAAAUCUCCUGCCCCCAUUUGUGCCCCUUUUCCUACCCCUUCAAUAAUAUUGUGUCAUGUGUACUCCCACUAAUAAUGAUUUCAAAACUCAUUCAGUCUCAUUCAUUAGUUUUUUUCCUUACCUUCUCUUUUAUAUUUCCUCUUUCUCUCUCACAAAACAUUACUGGUUAACAAGAGAAAUCUUUUUGUGGGAGAGAAAGGAAUAUGAGAGAGAAAGGAAGGAAAAAAAAAUUAUGAAUGAGAAAGAAAGUUUUGAAAACAAACAAGUUUUAGUAUCAUUACUAGUGAGAAUACAAGAAUCCCAAUCCUCUACCCCAAUCUGUGUUCCUUCUUUGACAAAGUGAUAUGUAUUUAUCUUUUUAAUUAUUAACUAAUACAUGUUUGGAUUUAA